UCACUCGUCGUCGCACUCGUCCACCCGUGUCAGCACCACCGACAGCGGCCUGCUGACUUCCAUGGCCCGCUUCAGGGCGGCCGGGGACACCCUUGCUCGCCCCCGGCCGCCGGCGAAUGCCACACAGGAGGUAAAGACGUCGUGUGCACUGGGCCACUCGACGCGCCUCAGGUCCUCCUGCAGAUGGGCCGUGGAGAUCAUCAGCUGGUCGUUUGGCUCGUGUGUGGGGCACCAGUCAGAGGUAAAGCGCUGCAGACAGAAAGAGGGUUGUCACAGUGGGGUUGGUUGAUGGUGGCUGCAUUGCAUUGCAUGUGUGUGCGUGUGAGGAUUUUCGGUUGAAUGCCUACCUGUAUGAGUGGCAUGAGUGGGUAGAGAGGUGAUGCCGCGCCCCUCUUCUUGAUGGUGGCGAGGAAGUGGUCCAUCGAGACCUGCUUCAGCGGCACUCCCAAGUCACCAAACCAACGCUCUCGGUCAGAACUGAUCACACAGAGACAGAACAUACAUACAUACAUGUCGCUCUCGGUGUUGCCUCUAGUGUGUGGUGUAAUGUGUCCGUACUUGGUGAUGAGCUGGGGGUUGGCGAGAUGGUAAACCCAAUGGCUUCGGUUCUCGGUCAGACACAGCCGGGCCUGCACACACACACACACACGUGCAGAAAGCAAAACGAACGAAUGCAUCCAUCCAUCCACUCACUCAGGCACACAUAACAUACCCCAUCUCCCUCACUCCCCGCCUCCCCUCUCACCAUCAUGGCAGCGAUGACAUCCACGGGUGUCGCCAGAGGCGCCCUCACGACGGGCGGCAUCUCCCCCUCCUCGAGCAUGGCCAUCAUCAGCGCCCCGCCCACAUCCUUCUCGUCCACAUAGCCCGUCAUCAGGCUGGUCAUGCCGCUUGGCACUCGGUAGAUGGUGCACGGCAGGCCCCUUGCCCGCGCCUUCUUGAGCACCUGCUCUGUCGACCAGUUGGUCCAUGGGAGGCCGAAUUGCUCCGGUGGGCAGACCUCGCGCAGCCGCUUGGUGUCGAGUGUGGUGGCCUCGCGGAGCUCCUUGCCGUGGCCCAGGACGUAGUCGGGGAAGAGGGUGAGGGACGAGACGAAGUGGAGGGGCUUGAGCUUGCUGGUGGUGCACAGCCGCACGAUCUCCUUCAUCGCAAAGGUGUUCUCGCGGAGGCGGUCGUAGCUCUGCAUGAACGACUGGCCGUUGAUGAAACCCGUGUGGAAGACCAGGUCGAUCCGCUCGCACAGCUCAGCGAAGAAGUACUCAGCCAGGUGGUUGGGCUUGAGCCCCAGGUGCCGCCGCGUCACGUGGCCAGGCACGAUCAUCAGCCGACUCUGGUACUCGUCCUUCCAGAUGCCCGCCUCCUGGCAAGCCUCACGCACCUGCCGCAGCCCCUCGUCCUCGCUGUUGGCCUGCACUAGGCAGUGCACCGUCAGCCGCUCCUUGGUCUGCAGCAGCGCCACCGUCACGAACCGGCCCACUGCUGAUGUGGCGUCCGUCACGAGCACGUGUCUGCUCUUGCGUGGUGGCUGUGGGGCGGGGAGAGAGGCGACGUCGAACUUGAAGCUCUUGGCGACCUUGUGGACGUCCGUCUCGGGGUCCCUCUUUUUGCUGCCGUCGUCCGUCGCGCUGACGCCGCUGCUGUCGGGGUAGGUGGCGCCGUCCCUGUGCCCCGAGAAGGGGGCGAUGGGCUCCAUCAUUCCCUCCUGCUCACGCUUGCCCACCAGCUGGCCAGCCAGAGCGUCCAGCGAGGGGUUGUCGAACAUAGACGAGGGCGGCAGGUCGAUGCCCGUCAUCCGCCGCACAUGCUCCCGGAACUCGGUCAUGCCGAUCGAGUCGAGACCCAGGUCGAGCAGUGUGCAGGAGGGCGACGGCCGCUCCUCCCCACCCACCACCGAAUGAGCGACGGACACCAGCGCGUCGGCCAGGGCAGUCUUGCCGGUAUGGUUGGUGAAUGACGGUCGGAACGAGUCGGUGGACGAGGUGGGCUGCACGGAGGACGGACAAUGGGUGGAGAGGAAGCUGGAGGGAGUGAGGGUGGAGAGGGACCGCGCCGAGGCGUCCGUGAAGACCGACGGGGAGGACGCGUUGCGGGGCGCGUACUUGGCGCUCUUGACGGUGUCUGCUGGUGCUGCUGCCGUGCAGAGGUCUUCGCACCACA